AUGGGCAAGACCAAGGAUACCAAAGCCGUCAAGGCCAAGGCUGUCGAAAAGGCCGCUAAGCCGGCCAAGGUCGCGCCGAAGGAGGUCGCCACUUCCAAGGCUAAGGCCGUCGAGGUCAAGAAGAACAAGAAGAAGGUCGAGUCGGAGUCUGAGAGCGAGUCUGAGUCUUCUGAGUCGGAGAGCGAGUCCGAUUCUGAGUCCAGCGCCAGCAGCUCCGAUGAGGAAGAGACCAAGAAGAGCGCCAGCGACUCUGAGUCCUCCGAUUCUUCGUCUUCUGAGUCUGAGUCGGAUUCCGAGAGCGACUCUUCUGAGUCCGAUUCCGAUGUCGAGAUGACAGACGCCAAGCCCCUGACCAACGGCAAGGCCAAGGCUGCUAAGGUCAACGGCGCCAAGGCCAGCGAAUCUGAGUCUGAGUCUUCUGAGUCUGAUUCCGAGACUUCUGAGUCUGAUUCUUCCGAGUCGGACUCUGAGGAUGAGGAGGAGAAGCCCAAGGCUGCUGCCAAGCAGGAAAAGGCUAAGCCCAAGAAGGCCGAGUCUGAGUCUGAGAGCGAUAGCGAGAGCGAGAGCGAGUCUUCUGACUCUGAAACCUCUGAGUCGGAGUCGGACGAGGAGUCUGAGGAGGAGAAGCCCGCCGCUGCCAAGGGCAAGGACGACAAGAAGGCCGAGGCCAAGUCUGAGUCGGAGUCUGAGUCCGACUCUGAGUCUGAGUCGAGCGAGUCUAGCUCUGAGUCUGAGUCCGAGUCUGAGUCCGAGUCUGAGUCUGAGGAGGAGUCUGAGGAGUCUGUCGAAGAGAAGCCCGCUGCUAAGGAGAAGUCGUCCAAGAAGCGCAAGGCCGAGGAGGAGCCCGAGUCGGCCGCCGCUGAUGUCAAGAAGACAAAGGGUGACGCCAAUGCACAGACCUCUGAGAAGACGGCCACCCUCUGGGUCGGUAACCUCGGCUGGGCCGUCGACGAUAAGGCUCUGUAUGAAGAGUUUGAGAAUUGCGAGGGUAUCGUCAGCGCCCGCGUCGUGACCGACAAGGACUCCCGCCGCUCCCGCGGCUUUGGCUACGUCGACUUCACCUCUCCUGAUGCCGCCGAGAAAGCUUACAACGAGAAGAACGGCGCCCACCUCCAAGGCCGCGAGAUGCGUCUGGACUUCGCUUCCAAGCCGGCCGAGGGCAAUGAUCCCACUACCCGUGCCGCGGAGCGUGCCCGCAAGCAUGGCGAUGUCAUCAGCCCCGAGAGCGACACCCUCUUUGUUGGAAACCUGUCCUUUAACGCUACUGAGGAGUCUGUCUCCGAGUUUUUCAACUCUGUCGCUGCUGUCCAGAGCCUCCGUAUCCCGACCGAUCAGGAGUCUGGCCGCCCCAAGGGCUUCGCCUACGUGACCUUUAACUCGGUCGAGGACGCCAAGACCGCCUUCAAUCAGCUUAACGGCUCCAACUUGGACGGCCGUCCCGUCCGUCUCGACUUCGCCAAGCCCCGCGACAGCAACGGGGGCGGCAAUGGCUUCCGUGGCGGUCGCGGCGGUGGCCGUGGUGGUGCUCGUGGCGGCCGUGGUGGCGGUGGCCGCGGCGGCGCCCGUGGCGGCAACAAGAGCGCCGGCACUGCCUUCCAGGGCAAGAAGAUCACCUUCUAA